AUGGGCGCCGCAGCCAAAUUCGUUGACGCCGACGACCCGCUGCAAAUCUCCCUCCAGGACAACCUUCGCGACAUGAACGUGAACACAUUCAGCGCCCUCGCCGCAGCAAAGGAAGCCGUCGCGUCGUUUGCAGCCCUACCAGAAGAAAGCAAAGCGCCCCGGACCUUCAUCUUCACAGGAAAUGCUAUGAAUAAUCUGCCUAUCCCAGCGCUGAUGAGUGCGGGCAUGGGCAAGAGCGCUACGGCGCAUAUGAUCAUGACAGCUGCGCACGUUUAUGCCGGACGUGGAUACAGGUGGGGAGUCUGCUUUACAUGCUACAUCUGA